GGGUGGGCACGCAAGAUGGCGGCGCCCUGUAGCGGGUGAGGAGAGUGGACUCGGGCCGCCCUGGGAAGCGGCCAGCCUGGUGCGCGAUGGCAGCGUCUCCUCGCACUCUGUCCUCACGUCUCUUCCUGACAGGUUGGGCAGGAGGAUGCAUGUGGUAUCUGGAGAGAAGAGCUGUACAGGCACCCCCGAGCAAGUUCAUGCGGCUGUUCAGGAACGCCAGCAAGGAAUGGAUUACAUUUCAACACUUUCGCUUCCUGAAGCGCCUGUAUGUCACACAACUGAACUCAAGCCUCAACCAACGAAUAAAACCAAAGCCAGAAGCAGUGGUUUCUCCUUUCCUUGAAAAUGCAUCUUCAGGUGAAGCCAGUGCAGAAAUGGAGGCAAUGAGAGAUCAUUCACCUCCUGGGCUGACUUUGCCCCUCAAGCCAAGGGGAGAGGAAUUGGUAGAAGUAGAAUGUGCUUCAGUAGUGGAAAGCCCCAUAGAUGUGGGUAAAACCACAAGAGAAGAAAAGCAGUGGAAAGAGAUGAAGAUACGUAUGGAUGAUUUGCCUGGAAUUUUGGCUCGGCUCUCCAAAAUCAAACUCACAGCUCUGGUUGUGAGCACCACAUCUGCUGGAUUUGCACUGGCCCCAGGCCCCUUCCACUGGCCCUGCUUCCUGCUUACUUCUCUUGGAACUGGUCUUGCAUCCUGUGCUGCCAACUCCAUCAAUCAGUUUUUUGAGGUGCCCUUUGACUCAAACAUGAAUAGAACAAAAAACAGACCUCUGGUUCGUGGACAGAUCAGCCCACUGCUAGCCGUGUCCUUCGCCACUUGCUGUGCUGUCCCAGGAGUGGCCCUUCUGACCUGGGGUGUGAAUCCACUCACAGGAGCCCUGGGGGUCUUCAACAUUUUCCUGUACACCUGUUGUUACACACCACUGAAGAGGAUCAGCAUUGCCAACACAUGGGUCGGAGCCGUGGUUGGGGCCAUCCCCCCUGUCAUGGGCUGGACAGCAGCCACAGGCAGCCUUGAUGCUGGAGCACUUCUGCUCGGCGGCAUGCUCUACUCUUGGCAGUUCCCCCACUUCAACGCCCUGAGCUGGGGCCUCCGUGAGGACUACUCCCGCGGCGGCUACUGCAUGAUGUCCGUCACCCACCCCGGCCUCUGCAGGCGCGUGGCGCUGCGCCACUGCCUGGCCCUCCUCGCACUGUGCACCGCCGCCCCCGUCCUGGACGUCACUAGCUGGGCCUUCCCCGCCGUCUCGCUCCCCAUCAACCUGUACAUCUCCUACCUCGCCUUCCGGUUCUACAGGGACGCCGACCGGAAGAGCUCGCGGAAACUCUUCUUCUGCAGCCUGUGGCACCUGCCGCUGCUCCUGCUGCUCCUGCUCACCUGCAAGCGUGAGGCGCGCGCGCCCGAGGCCCCGGCCCAGGCCCCGGCCGAGGCUCCCAGCUGAAGGCGGUGGGCAAGAGGGGAAAAACAAAAACAAAACGCACAAGGCUUUUCUCCCUGCCGCUUAUUUUAGUCAUUCAGGGGUGCAGGAAGAGAAAUCUCCAGUUUUAGUACCUGAUUGUAAAACAAUUGGUGCUGUGAUCGCCUAAUAAGUUUUUUUUUUUAUAUUACAUUGCCCAAUAUGCUUUCCAAAUAAGAAAUGGGUUAGCCCAAUUGAUUAGUUCAAAGAAUAUUUUUCUCUUUUAGAGUCUUUAUGUAGCUCCACUUUCUCACACACUGGCCACCUCACCGCUAGGAUGGCUUUGGGGGUCAGCCAGGUGACCUCUGACAUUCUGGAUCCUCCAAAGUGCUCACAGCAUCCACUUGCCUGUGAGUGAGCCAGGGUCCCAGGGUCCAGGUUUCUCCACCCACAGAUAUCCUCAGCUGCCCAUUCCACUCCCCCCACCCCCCAAUCAGUAACAACACAGGAUGGGCUUCCUCAGAACAAAGGGUUGUCUAGGACCCAACAGGCUGAGCCCCUGCUCCCCUCCCACCUGACACACUAGGAUUUCAGAAGGGGUAAAGAAUCAAAGGCAUCUUUAUAGCUGCCUUUAAAAUCCCGGCGCCGUCUGAAGCAUUUUUCUGCAAGGGCAGCGCUCCGCUCGAUUCCAGCAGUCGCUCUGGCUGCAGUCUUGUGGCUGAGCCUCUUCAGUCCCUGCUGUGGACUCUGCUGCAGGGCUUUCCCAAGGCCCUGGGAGAAGGGGAGCUGGAAGAGAGCCCCAGCUGGGCCAGCAGCCCACAUAGCUCACAUUCUUGUUCCUUUGGUGAAACCCACAUUUCCAUCCUGGUUCCUCCAGUGCAGAAAUCAGCCUCUCCUUGGCCACUGGCUUUGAGGAUGAGAAGCCCAGUGAGGCUUGCAGCAAGGACAGGUUGGGGUCUGGAGGUUUCAGGAGUUGCCCUGUAGCCAGGUACAGCUUUGGGUACCAGGCACAAUCACCUGGAAGUCUUGAGUGCUAUUUCUCUCACCCCCAGGUCCUCCUGGAGCCCCAUUUCCCUGCAGUUUUGGAGCUCCUCAACCACAGGUCCUCCUGGAACCCCAGUUCCCUGCAGGUCUUGGAGCUUGGCAGCAUGUUUGAACUACAGCAGCCUCCCUGGGGUACAGCUGCCCUGUAAAUGUUCAAGGGGGCUCAACAGCACUUAUGCAGUUGCUGUACUAGGACUGUUCUCAAAAAUGUCUAAGGUAGGGGUCCUAGCAUAAUCACAGUCUGGGCCCAGAGUUUGAUCUCAAGCACCAAAACAAACAAAAAGUAAAUGUCUAAAGUGAUGCAGAUAGCAUGGGUUCUGUGUGAAAUGUUCCCUCUUGACUGUAGCUGGUUAUGAACUGUAGGGAGCAUGACAUAGGAAUGUCUAAAGAGCAUCCACAAUUUUUUGGCCACCAUUAAAUUUGUAAAAAUGUGUCGAUUCUCCUCCUGCAAUAAAAAUGGGUAAGGACCGUG